UCUCAGUGGUGUUCAGUUAAAUUUCUCGUAAAAGGCUUAUUUAUUGAUAAAUCUAAUUAUUUAAUAUUUUAGUUAACCGCAGCGUAGUAUUAUGAGUGCCAAUAAUGAAAUCUUAAUUUUACAAUAUAGCCAAGUCUUAAUGAGAAGCAGAUUUAUUUGGCCACCAAAUGGAGAAGAAGAUAAUCCGAGUAAACGAUAUUACCUUACGAUAAUGUUAAUCAUAGCAUUUUCUUGUUCUAUAGUUAAUGGAAAUUUGAUUCAUCUUGUACAACAUGUCAUAAUCAGUAAGUGAAAAUAUUUAGUCUAUUAUUUUUCGACAAACUUCUUCUAGAUGGUGAAAUGGAGAAUAUUGGCAUGGAUAUAACCAGCAUUUUAGGCUUUACUGGAUGUCUUUUUUUUACAUGCAAUAUUAUAAAGUCUAUUGCAAAAUUUAUCAAAGUAUUACGAAUCUUAUCCGAUUUGAAAACUCAUGGUAUACCAAAUGGUUUUGAUGAACAAAACAAAAAAUUAAAUUUCUAUUCAAAAAUGUUUGCUAUGUAUAUGUAUAUCGCCAUGACGAUUAUUACUUUUUCUUCCACCGUUAACAUGGGUUACUGUUUUGAUAAACCGGCAUGUGGAAUGUUGAUACCACCAGUUAUGCCAUUUGAUAUUGACCAUUAUCCAGGCAAACUGUUUUAUUUUAUUUUGAAACUGGUAGCACUCAUUCUGAUUUACCAUACUGGUGGUAUUUUAUCGUUUGCUGUAAUGGAAGUUUUGGAGCACAUAAUCUUUAGAUUGGAUGAUGUAAAGAAUAAGUUCGUACAAGCUUUGAAUCCGGAAAAUCCAAAUCGUGACAAAGACUUAAAAGAGGCUAUAGAAUACCACAAUUUCGUUAUCAAUGUUUCACAAGAAUACAAUGAAGUAAUAAAACCUUGCAUGCUCGUACACGUAAUACUGACUGGUGUAAUGUUGGGUGCAACAUUUUGGUUUACAUUUGUGAAAUUUACCCUGGACUCUCUAGUCAUAUGUUUGGGGUAUUUCACCGCAAUGGGAUGCGUCAGUAUUGGGGGCCAACGUCUCAUGGAAGCGAGUGAAUCGGUAGCGGAUGUUGUAUGUACCACAUGUUGGUAUGGUGUGGAACUAAAAUUACAAAAGGCUUUGAUUUUGGUAAUAGCCAGAUCAAGGAGGCCGUUGUAUAUUUUAGCUGGCACCUUAGGAAUCGUCAACUUUACGUUAAUUAUAGGAACACUCAAAACUGCGUAUUCUUGGAUGACACUUCUAACAAAUUAUUAAUUUUCAUAUUAAUUUACAAUUGAAUUUUAUUUAGAAACAGUACUCACAUGUAUAUCUACUCACAACAAUUAUGUCAAGAAUAUUCAAAUAAAGAUGCAUAGUAUAAUGAAGACCAUUAAUUUAAUAACAUGAUAAUUGAUGUUACUGUAAUAAUUUGAAGUAAACAUUUAUUAAUUUUGUAGAAAAAUUAGUUAUGAUAGAAGACUACGAUCUGUGUAAUUAAUCAAGUUUUCUUUCAUUUUAUUUGAUAAACUU